CAAAGUCCAUAACCUAUCAACACCUUAGCCUCCAUCUUCUAUUCAUAUCUUACUACUGAUAAGCCAUUCCUUCUAACCAACUAAUAAUGUCUCUUCUCUUAGAUCUUGUCAACCUCAACCUCUCUGAUACGACUGAGAAAGUCAUCGCGGAGUACAUAUGGAUCGGUGGAUCUGGCAUGGACCUCAGAAGCAAAGCCAGGACUAUUUCUGGACCAGUGAGUGACCCUGCAAAACUUCCCAAGUGGAACUAUGAUGGGUCAAGCACAGGGCAAGCUCCUGGAGAAGACAGUGAAGUCAUCUUAUACCCACAAGCAAUCUACAGGGAUCCAUUUAGGAGAGGCAAAAACAUUCUUGUGAUGUGUGAUGCUUACACUCCAGCUGGAGAGCCCAUUCCAACCAAUAAAAGGCAUAAUGCUGCCAAAAUUUUCAGCCACCCCGAUGUUGUUGCAGAGGAACCAUGGUAUGGCAUUGAGCAAGAGUAUACUCUAUUGCAGAAAGAUACAAAUUGGCCCCUUGGUUGGCCACUUGGGGGCUAUCCUGGACCGCAGGGCCCGUACUACUGCGGGGUAGGUGCUGAUAAAGCAUAUGGGCGUGAUAUAGUAAACUCACAUUACAAAGCUUGUCUUUAUGCUGGCAUUAAUAUCAGUGGCAUCAAUGGCGAAGUGAUGCCUGGCCAGUGGGAAUUCCAAGUCGGUCCUGCUGUUGGCAUCUCUGCUGGAGAUGAGCUCUGGGUUGCCCGCUACAUUCUGGAGAGGAUCGCGGAGAUUGCUGGUGUUGUGGUUUCUUUUGAUCCCAAGCCUAUUCAGGGAGACUGGAAUGGAGCUGGUGCUCACACCAACUACAGCACAAAGUCGAUGAGAAAGGAGGGAGGAUUUGAGGUGAUAAAGAAGGCGAUUGAGAAGCUAGGAUUGAGGCACAAAGAGCACAUAGCUGCUUAUGGAGAAGGAAACGAGAGGCGUCUAACAGGCAAACACGAAACAGCAGACAUUAACACCUUCUCAUGGGGAGUGGCGAACAGAGGAGCUUCAGUGAGAGUGGGGAGAGACACACAGAAAGAAGGGAAAGGAUACUUUGAAGACAGAAGGCCAGCUUCUAACAUGGAUCCUUACGUGGUCACUUCCCUCAUCGCAGAUACCACCAUCGUCUGGAAGCCAUGAACAUCCUCAUCACCACCACCAACACCACCACCACCAUUAUAUUACUCACUUCUGGCCCUCUUGUCCUAUUCAUUGUCUCUGUCUCUUUGUCUGUCAACUUCUUAGCUCGUUUCAUUUUCUUCCCCCUUAUUUGGCCUAUAUUUGGAACACCAUCGUAAACACAUCACCCCGAUAUUGUAAUAUUUGGUAGGUAAAAAAAUGUUCUCUUAAAAAAAAUGCGUUAAUCUCAAUUUUUUAAAAAAAAAAAAUAUUUCUCAUUUCUUUUUUAAAAAACAUUUUCUUACAUAUCAAACAUGUAGUACCUGUGUCAUAAUCGAGGUGUUCUUGCUGCUUGAAUUACUAUGAAUUUUAGACAAGUAACUUGAGAGUUGGAUUUUAAUAAUUGGUGGUAUUUGAUGUCAUUAGGUAGCUUCAACUCCCCUGUAAACCCAUUUGGGUAGACAAUAAAUUUAUGCUUUCUUAGAAAAGGGGGAAUUAUAUGAAGUUUUCUCUUCUCAUAUUAUGAUUA